AUGUCUGUGCAGAUUUUCAACGACCAAGCGACCGAAGAAAGAGCGGAAAACGCCCGUCUCUCGUCCUUUGUGGGUGCGAUUGCCGUGGGUGACCUUGUCAAGACCACCUUGGGGCCUAAGGGUAUGGACAAGUUGUUGACCAGCGCGUCCAGCAAUGAAUCCAUGGUCACAAACGACGGUGCCACUAUCUUAAAAUCUAUUCCAUUUGACAAUCCCGCGGCCAAGGUCCUCGUGAACAUCUCCAAGGUUCAGGACGAUGAGGUGGGCGACGGUACCACCUCCGUGACCGUUUUGGCGGCUGAGUUGUUGAGAGAGGCUGAGAAGUUAAUUGACGCCAAGAUUCAUCCCCAGACGAUCAUCGAAGGUUACCGGAUCGCCUCAAAGGCUGCGCUUGACGCUUUGGACAGGGUUGCCGUGGACAACUCCGGCGACCCGGCUGCCUUCAGAAAGGACUUGAUCAACAUCGCCAGAACCACUUUAUCCUCCAAGAUUUUGUCGCAGGACAAGGAGUAUUUUUCUAAAUUGGCAGUGGACGCCAUUCUCCGCUUGAAGGGCUCAACCAACUUGGAGCACAUCCAAAUCAUCAAGAAGUCUGGGGGCAAGUUAGCGGACUCCUUUUUGGAUGAGGGGUUCAUUUUGAACAAGCGUUUCGGUGUCAACCAGCCAAAGCGCCUCGAAAAGGCCAGAAUCUUGAUUGCCAACACCUCUAUGGAUACCGACAAGGUCAAGAUCUUUGGUGCCAAGUUCAAGGUCGAUUCCACCUCCAAGUUGGCCGAGUUAGAGAAGGCCGAAAAGGACAAGAUGCGCGCCAAGGUUGAAAAGAUCUCCAAGUUCGGCAUCAACGUCUUUAUCAACAGACAAUUAAUUUACGACUACCCGGAACAGCUCUUUACCGACGCCAAGAUUAACACCAUCGAGCAUGCGGACUUUGACGGGAUCGAGAGAUUGGCCCUUGUCACCGGCGGUGAGGUCGCCUCCACCUUUGAUGAGCCAUCAAUGGUCAAGUUGGGUUUCUGCGACGUUAUCGAAGAAGUCAUCAUCGGCGAAGACAUUAUGACCAAGUUCUCCGGUGUCGCCGCCGGUGAGGCCUGCACCAUUGUUUUGAGAGGUGCCACCGAGCAAGUCUUGGACGAGGCCGAGAGAUCUUUGCACGAUGCGUUGUCCGUGUUGUCGCAGACCACGCGUGAGACCAGAACCACCCUCGGUGGUGGCUGUGCCGAAAUGAUCAUGUCCAAGGCUGUGGACACCGCUGCACAGAACCAGGAGGGCAAGAAGUCCUUGGCCGUGGAGGCCUUUGCCAGAGCGUUGAGACAGUUGCCAACCAUCUUGGCCGACAAUGCCGGGUUUGAUUCGUCGGAGUUGGUCACCAAAUUGAGAUCCUCGAUCUACAAUGGGAUGUUGACCUCCGGGUUGGACUUGAACAAUGGUGUGAUUGCCGAUAUGAGAGAGUUGGGGAUUGUCGAGUCGUACAAAUUGAAGAACGCGGUGGUGAGUUCUGCGUCCGAGGCUGCAGAGGUUUUGUUGAGAGUGGACAACAUUAUCAGAGCCAAGCCAAGAACCGCUGAUAGAAACAUGCGCUAA